AGACUAUGACUUCCAGUAAAAUUGAGAUGCCAGGGGAGGUGAAGGCAGAUCCUGCAGCUCUGAUGGCAUCUCUGCAUCUGCUGCCUUCUCCCACUCUCAACCUUGAAAUCAAAUACACCAAGAUUUUCAUCAAUAAUGAGUGGCAAAAUUCUGAAAGUGGGAGAAUAUUCCCAGUAUAUAAUCCAGCAACAGGAGAGCAGAUCUGUGAGAUCCAGGAAGCUGACAAGGUUGAUACGGACAAAGCAGUGAGGGCAGCUCGCCUUGCUUUUUCUCUAGGUUCAGUUUGGAGGAGAAUGGAUGCAUCGGAAAGAGGCCAUCUUUUGGACAAGCUAGCAGACUUGGUCGAAAGAGACAGGGCAAUUCUUGCUACUAUGGAAUCAUUGAACAGUGGCAAACCUUUCCUGCAAGCUUUCUAUGUAGAUCUUCAGGGAGUCAUAAAAACCCUGAGGUAUUAUGCAGGUUGGGCAGACAAAAUCCAUGGAAUGACCAUUCCCGUAGAUGGAGAUUAUUUUACGUUUACAAGACACGAACCCAUUGGAGUGUGUGGACAGAUCAUCCCUUGGAACUUCCCCCUGCUGAUGUUUGCAUGGAAGAUUGCUCCAGCUCUGUGCUGUGGCAAUACAGUAGUUAUUAAACCAGCAGAACAAACACCACUCAGCGCUCUCUAUAUGGGAGCCCUCAUCAAGGAGGCUGGCUUUCCACCAGGAGUUGUCAAUAUUUUGCCAGGAUUUGGUCCAAUUGUUGGUGCAGCCAUGGCAUCUCAUGUUGGCAUUGAUAAAAUUGCUUUUACUGGAUCCACUGAGGUUGGAAAGCUGAUCCAAGAAGCAGCUGGAAGGAGUAAUUUGAAGAGAGUUACACUGGAGCUGGGUGGGAAAAGCCCAAACAUUAUUUUUGCAGAUGCUGAUUUGGACUAUGCUGUGGAACAAGCUCACCAAGGGGUCUUCUUCAAUCAAGGUCAAUGCUGUACUGCAGGCUCACGGAUUUACGUGGAAGAAUCUAUCUAUGAAGAGUUUGUUAGAAGAAGCGUAGAACGUGCAAAGAAGAGAGUUGUGGGGAGUCCUUUUGACCCAACUACAGAACAAGGUCCACAGAUUGAUAAAAAACAAUAUAACAAGAUUUUGGAAUUGAUUCAAAGCGGCAUUACUGAAGGAGCAAAACUUGAAUGUGGUGGUAAAGGGCUAGGAAGAAAGGGCUUCUUCAUUGAACCUACGGUGUUUUCCAAUGUAACAGAUGACAUGCGGAUUGCCAAGGAGGAGAUUUUUGGGCCCGUUCAAGAAAUACUGAGAUUUAAAACCAUGGAUGAAGUUAUAGAGCGAGCCAACAAUUCUGAUUUUGGGCUGGUAGCUGCUGUCUUUACAAAUGACAUAAACAAGGCCCUGACAGUCUCUUCAGCAAUGCAGGCUGGGACAGUCUGGAUAAAUUGCUACAAUGCCUUAAAUGCCCAAAGUCCUUUUGGAGGAUUCAAAAUGUCUGGCAAUGGGAGAGAGAUGGGUGAAUGUGGAUUGAGAGAAUAUUCUGAAGUUAAAACUGUGACAAUAAAGAUCCCUCAGAAGAACUCCUAAAACGACAAAGGACCACGUUGUGCAAAAGAGCACAUGAUGCCACCCUCUCUAUUCCUUAUGGAGACCAGCACUCAGGAAUAAAAAGUGUUACACAAUAUAUAUUUAAGAAAUUAAGUUGCAACAUAUAUAUUGGGCACAUAUCUGCAUACAUAAUACAAACCAACUCUGCAUGUUGUCAUAAAACUUUCUCUCCUGAGAAUCGUUACAUCUUUAUAAAACAAAUCAUAACGAGAUAAAAUUGCUAUUGGGCAUCAUUUAGUAACCGUUCUAGCUAUGAAGCUGUUAAAUGCAAAUGCAUGCACACACACAUUUAUCUCUUCUUUAAAUAAGCAAAGUAAGCCUUUACUGCUUUCAGGUUGCCUUCUCAAAGAGACCUGCCUUGUACUGACAUUCUAGUUUCAGUCAGGGCUUUACAAGCCAGAUUUUACCCAAAAUGCUAGCAGUGAACAACAUAAACAAGUAUCAUUGAUGUUCUUAAAAAAUAAAAGACUCUGAACGGUAACGAGCCAAAACCUGGUACAUUGGCAACUUUCCAAUUAGCACGCUUGCAUAAAGAGGUCAAUCUGGGGAGGGAAUCAAACCAUUAUAUGGACAAUGACACCCAAAUACUUACCAGUGAGAUUUGGCUUUCAUGACCCACAGCGAUUUGGUUUUCAAAGCUUAUUUUCAUAAUUACUUUAUGUCUUGCUAUAAACAAAAAUCCUUCCUCACUUACAGGACCUUGAAAGGUUUUACCUGCCUGUUAAAAGAGCAUGGCUAGACAGGGUGGGAGGGUGUUAAGGAGAACAGGAACAGAUCUCAACAUUUCACAGAAUAUUUCAGUUUUCACUGCUUGUCUAGGUUUGUUGUUACUGUUGUUGUUUUCACUUUUUUUCUUUUUUUAAACAAGUAUAUGCACUCACAGACUCCAUUUAUUUAUCUGUCACUAAACUGCCUGUGAUUACACUGGGAAUUAUUAAGUAGGUGUUACAGCAGGAAGAACCCAGCAAAAGCCCACCUGACUUUAUUUUCUCACUAAAUGAUGGCUUUGCCAUCUUCACCAUGCUUGUGAGCCUCAAGUGAGCUUACUGGCCGGUACUGACGUUUCAAUUAUGUCUGUUCUUUUUUUCGGCCCAGGACAAAAAUACAAGCAAGUUCUUUUAGAAGUGAGGUGUUUAAAACCUGUCACAUUGUGACCUGCUGCCUACAGAAUCUCUUCCAACUUGUAACUAACAAACUAAACACCAUCUUUCUUCUUUCCAGCUGCAGAGCUUAUCGAUUCCCUGGACUUUUUUUAAAAGAGGUUUCAUUUUACGUUUUAACUUAGAAUUAAGAAAAUUUAUUUUAAAAGUACAGUAAACCUACACUGUGUAGCUACAUUAUCUGGGGUGUAAGGACAGAAUUAUGGCCUCAGGUGUAACAGUUUUCCUAGCUGCAGAGUUUAGACUAUGAACUGUUGAAAACUCCAGGUCUGAUCAGCAAAUCAGAAAUUUCUGCAUGUUCUUAACUUCCUUUACUCUCUGAGGAAUUCCUCUUAGAUUUUAAGUUGUACGUAUCCUUAAACAAGCUGCUGGAUCAGGACAAGAGUAUCCAGCACUUUGCAGUGUGAUAGCCCUCAAUAUUUUGUAUUUCUAACUCAUGUCAAACUGUGUGUGUGUUUUUAAAGCAAUAUGUAUACAUGUUAUUCAGAAAUGACAAUACAUUCACAGACAUGGAGAUGAAUCAAAAUAUUCCUGAGCUGUUAAAUGCAAAUGCCAUAUCCUUCUAUUGUAGUGUAUGUCAGAGUGAAGAAAAAC